AUGGAUCAACAGGGCCAAUCCGGGGUUCCUGGCCCCGCUGGCCGCAAGCUCCAUAUAGCUCACAGGAGAAGUCCCUCGGAGCUGACUCCUCUCAUGAUGGAACAACUGGCCAUUCAGCAACAGAUUGAGCUGCUUCAGCAGCAACAGCAACAAAUUGCGGCGACACAUCAACAGUACGUCAACAUGGGACUUUUACAGCCACAGCAACUGGGCCAGGUUUCUGCAUUCUCUCCUUCGCUUCAGGGCGGUGCGUCCAUGGGGGGCGUUUCCCCUCAGAUCAACGCCUUCCAGUUUCCCCAGCUAGCUCAACAACAGCUUGGCGUACCCAUGAACACUCCUAAUCAGCACUCGCAUCGACGCAAUCAAUCCGCACUUCCCGGUCUGCCCAUGGGCCCUCCGCCUGCCCCAUCCUCAGGCGCCUCCGGAUACACUGAUUACAACGCCCAGCAGGGUAACCCUCAGCAGAAGGAAAACAAUAACCAUGGCCGUAAUCGGGGACCUCCAGGUGGUGGUGGUCACCAGCGUCGUCAUUCGCUCGCUUUACCAGAAGCUAAGAAGGCCGCGGAGCUAGCUCAGCAAAAGAGAACAGCUUCCGGCUUUCAAUUCCCCGCCCCAGGCGCUGGGGGCAGCUCAGAGAACCUAUCAGGCUCCGAGGAUAAACCGACCUCGACCACACCACAACCCCCCCAAGGGCUUGGUCUGCACCGUGCCGGCAACAUUCGGGCUGGCGCCCAUGGUCGCAGUCAAUCCGUCGCUGUCGGUAACUCCCGGGGAUCGCUGUCCGGGCGCGGUAUGGGUGGCUUUCAAUUUCCGCAAUCUAGCGACAUUGGGGGCAGUCUGAGAACCAACGACGCGGCAGCCAGCCGGGCCAUGCACGCACCUCGUCGAGAAAUUUCGACGGCACAGGACCAGCAGAAGAGCUUCGGACAGCAAGGUAGCACUUUCCAACCCGGCCACCGCGCUCGUGCGUCCAUCAACCAAUCAAUUGGUUCUAUUGGCUCCUUCCAGUAUCCCGCCCAGCCCCAGCUUAUCCAGUUGCCUCAGGGUCAAGUUGUUAUGGCGCCACCUCAAAUGUUCGGCGCUGGCCAGCAGCUAAGCCCAUUGCAACUGGCACAGCUCCAAGCCCUGCAGCAACAAAGCGGUCAAUUAAAUGGACAAGGGCUCGGCGGUCUGCAGGCUAGCCAACACGCUCCGCCACAGCUGUCUGCUCAGCAACAACAACAGCAACAGCAACAGCAGCGCAAAACUCUAUUCACUCCUUAUCUGCCUCAGGCGAACCUGCCCGCCCUUCUGAGCAACGGUCAAUUGGUGGCUGGUAUCCUUCGAGUCAAUAAGAAGAAUCGUUCCGAUGCCUAUGUGACCACUCCGGAUCUGGACGCCGACAUCUUCAUCUGUGGAAGCAAAGACCGGAACCGUGCCCUCGAGGGUGAUUUUGUUGCCGUUGAACUCUUGGACGUGGACGAGGUGUGGUCUCAGAAGAAAGAAAAGGAGGAGAAAAAGAAACGCAAAGAUAUCACAGAUGCUCGCUCCGGCAGCACCGCAGGAACGGAUAAAAUAUCGAGGUCGGACUCCGGUGCCAAUGGUGAUCGCCAGGAGAUUGGACCCGAUGGCAGCAUCCGGCGUCGUGGAAGUCUGCGCCAACGACCGACACAGAAGAAGAAUGACGACGUUGAAGUCGAGGGCCAGAGCCUCCUUCUCGUCGAGGAAGAUGAGAUCAGUGACGAACAGAAGCCUCUUUACGCGGGUCACAUCGUUGCUGUCAUUGAGCGUAUCGCCGGUCAAAUGUUCUCGGGAACUUUGGGGCUGCUUCGGCCUAGCAGCCAGGCUACAAAGGAGAAGCAGGAAGCCGAACGGCAGGCCAGAGAUGGCGGUCACGGCCGUCAGCAGUACGAUCGUCAACAGGAAAAGCCGAAGAUCGUGUGGUUCAAGCCCACCGACAAGCGUGUCCCUCUCAUCGCUAUCCCUACCGAGCAGGCACCUCGUGAUUUCGUGGAGAAGCAUCAGGAAUAUGCCAACCGUAUCUUUGUCGCUUGCAUUAAGAGAUGGCCAAUCACAUCCCUUCAUCCCUUUGGUACUCUCGUGGAACAGCUCGGUGAAAUGGGCGAUUUGAAGGUAGAAACAGAUGCUCUCCUCCGGGACAACAACUUUGGUGCCGACGAGUUCUCGGAUGCCGUGCUCAAGAGUAUCGGCUGGGAGGACUGGUCCGUCGCCAGCGCAGGCGAUGCGCUUCUCGAGUCCCGUCGGGAUUUCCGUUCGGAAACCACCUUCACCAUCGAUCCAAGCGGAGCUAUGGAGCUGGAUAAUGCCUAUCACAUCAAGCCUCUGGCCGAUGGCAAGGUCGAAAUUGGUAUCCACGUUUCUGAUAUCGCGCACUUUGUGAAGGCCAACUCUCUGGUUGACCGGGAGGCAAAGAAGCGAGGCACGGCGGUCUACCUCAUGGAUCGACUGGUCAAUAUGCUGCCUCGGCGAGUCUCUACGGAGCUCUGCUCUCUCCUUCCGGAACAGGAUCGCCUUACGGUCAGCGUUGUAUUCACUGCUAAUCCAGAAACCGGCGCUGUUGAUGACGAUGUUUGGAUCGGCAAGAGUAUCGUCAAGAGUGCUGGCAGAUUGAGUUAUGACGAGGUGAACUUUGCGAUCAAGGGGGAGUCCAAUGUAUCCGUGGCCGGAAUUUCCGCCAACAUCAUUCAGACCCUGAAUGCCAUCACACACAAGUUUCGAGAAGCUAGGUUUGGCAACCGUGUCUCGAACCCGCCACCUCUCCGCCUUCUACAUCAGCUGGAUGAUGAGAAUGUGCCAGUAGAAAGGAACAUCUUCGAUUCUACUGAUGCACGCGAGCUGGUGGAGGAAUUGAGACACAAGGCAAACUUCUUCGUUGCCCGCAAAUUGGUUUCCGCCAUGCCCGAUAAGGCUUUCCUUCGCCGUCAACCAUCGCCUAACUCACGCCGCCUUCAUUCCUUCAUUGACAGGAUGAAUCGCCUCGGCUAUGACUUUGACCCUUCGAGCAGCGGAACUCUGCAGAGCAGCCUUUGCAAAGUACAGGAUGAUGAUCUGCGGAAGGGUAUGGAAACUGUUCUGCUGAAGGCUAUGCAGCGUGCGAAAUACUAUGUGGCUAGCACUGUACAGGAUGAGCAGCGCCAUCACUACACCCUCAACCUACCCGUCUAUACUCAUUUUACCAACCCGUCCCGUCGCUAUGCGGAUAUUAUCGUUCACCGUCAGCUCGAGGCCGUCUUGUCGAAUGGUGCAAUCGAGUUCUCUGAUGACGUGGAGUCUCUGAGCAAGACGGCGGAUCUGUGCAAUACUAAGAAGGAUUCGGCGCACAAUGCACAGGAGCAGAGCGUCCAUAUCGAGGCUUGCCGUAGUAUGGACAAGAAGAGACAAGAGAUCGGUGGCGACUUGAUCAGUGAGGGAAUCGUUCUUUGUGUCUACGAGUCGGCCUUUGAUGUCCUCAUUCCCGAGUUUGGUUUCGAGAAGCGUGUCCACUGUGAUCAACUACCUCUGAAGAAGGCCGAGUACCGCAAGGAGACCCGUGUUCUGGAGCUCUACUGGGAGAAGGGCGUUCCGUCUUCUGGCUACAUUCCAGAGGACGAGCGGCCUAGACCUGCCAACUCUCGCGCUGCUCAAGCUGCGGCCGCGGCUCGCGAAGCAGAGGCUGCAAGAGAACGUGCGCGCGAACGUGAUGAGGCGAUCCGCAAGCAGACUGAGACUGGAACCAUGUCUGCCGAUGAUGUCGAUGCUCUCUUCGACGAUGACGACGAUAUCUCCGAGGUCACCGAGAUGGCUGCGGGCGUCUCUUUGAACUCGUCCGCUGACCGCACAACCCAGAGCAUGCCACCUUCACCGACUCGUAAUGGCCAUCUUCAGCAGACUCCUCACCGUACUCGGUCCGAUCCAAAGAUGCCAAGCAGCAACAAUGACGUGCCGGAAGCCAAGUUGACGAACAAGGAGAAGUACCUCAAACUGUUCAAGCUCCGCGAGGAGGACGGAGAGUACAUUCAGGAUGUGACCGAGAUGACCCGGGUUCCCAUCAUUCUCAAGACUGACUUGACCAAGAGCCCUCCUUGUCUUACUAUUCGCUCCGUCAACCCUUACGCCUUGUAA